AUGAUAGAUAACCUAUAAUUUAAUAAUAUAAUAAUUAGAAUGAAAAAAAACAAUUAAUCUACAAUCACAGACAUUCAUUUUGAGAAGCUCCAAAGACCGGAUUUAUUGUAUACGAGAAAUUCAUAGAGCACUCAACAAUGCAUGCAAUUAUUAUAGAAGGAUCCAACUUUGCGAUCGGAGUAGGAGAACGAGAAGCUUGGUUAAUUGUUGAGGGGUCAUGAAUUCUUUAGAACCUCGGACAAUGAAUUUCUAAUAGAGUGUUGUCAAGUAAGAUCUUGUGGUCAUCUGAUAGUUAAUGAGAUUUGAAUAGUUCCACAAAAAUUAGGUGAUCUUCUCUAAAAACCAAUUGGAUUAAAAUAAACUGAUAAUCAUUUUGUCAGGGGAUGUAGUUUUGAAUAAGGGAACCCAAGAGAUGAUCCAUCUCAAACAUUUUGGGUCGAAUCUCCUUCUCUUUGGAAGUGAAUGCUAUUCUGACAUGUAUACAUUCAUGAUUUUAGAUCAGAUUGGAAUGUUACAUCUAAAACUGUCUGUAAAGUCGCAGCAAUUUCUAAGCAUGAUUUUAGAGUCAAUC